GCCAUUGUUGCUGCUCUCCAAGCUCUUCUCCACUUGCUUGCUCUUCAAUGGCUUGUCUCAAUAUCUCUUGUUUGCGUCAGAGUACUAUGCAGAGGAAGAAGACAACGACGAUGACGACAGCUGAGAAAGAGGUGCUUACGCUUGACGGAGCUGUUGACCGACAUGGUCGUCCCGCUGUUCGGGGCAAAACUGGAACUUGGGUUGCUGGAAUCUUGCUACUUGUGAAUCAAGGGUUGGCUACGUUGGCGUUUUUCGGAGUUGGAGUGAACUUGGUGCUGUUUCUAACGAGGGUUAUAGGACAAGACAAUGCGGCAGCGGCCAAUAACGUUAGCAAGUGGACAGGAACUGUUUACAUUUUCUCUCUUCUUGGAGCCUUCCUUAGUGAUUCGUACUUAGGAAGGUUCAAGACGUGUGCCAUAUUUCAAGCUAUUUUCGUCUUGGGUCUAGCUUCACUAUCAAUAACAUCCGGCCUAUUUCUGUUGAAACCCAAAGGGUGUGGAGAUGAGCAUACUCCAUGCGAUUCUCACUCCUCCUACCACAUUGCCCUGUUCUAUCUCUCAGUAUACUUGGUAGCCCUUGGCAAUGGAGGAUACCAACCCAACAUAGCCACAUUUGGGGCAGACCAGUUUGAUGAAGAAGACCCUAAGGAAGGCCUCUCCAAAAUUGCCUUCUUCAGCUACUUCUACUUGGCUCUCAACCUUGGCUCACUGUUCUCCAACACUAUUUUGGGUUACUUUGAAGAUGAAGGAAUGUGGGUGAUUGGUUUCUGGGCUUCUACUGCCUCUGCUGCUAUGGCUUUGAUCUUGUUCCUCUGUGGAAUCCCUAGGUAUAGACAUUUUACUCCUAAAGGAAAUCCCCUCUCUAGGGUUUCUCAAGUGCUGGUUGCAGCUACUAGGAAAUGGAAGGUUCAGAUUAUGCCUAAUUCUGAGGGAUUGUUUGAUGAGGAUGAGAAGGAUUUGGUUAGUAACAAUGGAGCUAGGAAAAUUCUACACACCAAUGGAUUCAGAUUUUUGGACAGAGCAGCAGCAAUUACAUUACCUGAGAUGGAUCAAUUUGACGAUGGAACUCGGAAUCCAUGGCGUCUCUGUACGGUUACUCAAGUCGAAGAAGUCAAAUGCGUUCUCAGACUCCUCCCGAUUUGGCUUUGCACGAUCCUCUACUCCGUCGUCUUCACUCAAAUGGCUUCUCUGUUCGUCGAGCAAGGCGCCGUCAUGAGAACCAACAUUUCUACAUUCCACAUCCCUCCCGCUAGCAUGUCGAGCUUCGACAUUCUCAGCGUCGCAGCGUUCAUCUUCAUCUACCGUAGAGUAAUCGAUCCAAUCUACACUCGAUUAACCAAAUCGAGCCUCACAGAGCUUCAAAGAAUGGGGAUCGGACUUGUAAUCGCAAUCUGUGCCAUGGUAUCCGCCGGAACCGUCGAGGUUUUUCGAUUAAGAUACGCCGACAAAGAUUGCCUCCAUUGUGAGGAAUCGAGUUCCCUAAGCAUUUUCUGGCAGAUUCCUCAGUACGUACUAAUCGGAGCAUCUGAGGUUUUCAUGUACGUCGGCCAACUGGAAUUCUUCAACAGUCAAGCACCUGACGGACUCAAAAGCUUCGGUAGUGCUCUCUGUAUGACCUCGAUUUCCUUCGGCAACUACGUUAGCAGCUUGCUGGUGACGAUCGUGAUGAAGGUCUCAACGAACGGUAACAUGCCGGGAUGGAUCCCUGGAAACCUAAACAGAGGCCAUUUAGACCGAUUUUUCUUCCUCUUAGCCAUCCUCACGGCGGCGGAUCUCAUCGUCUACAUCAUCUGCGCCAAAUGGUACAAAUACAUCAAAUUCGAGAGCCGUGAGGCCGCCGCCGCCGCCGCUAUCGCCACUGUCUAGGGCUUCGCUCCGACCGAAAAUGGCGGCAGAAUAAAGUUGGAGGGAGAAGAAUGUCAAUUCCAACGCCGUUUGAUCCAAUUUCGAUGGUUUCAUAAUCGAAUUAUUUGAUUAAAAGAAAAAUAAAUAAAUAAGUAGUUUUGAGGUGGUUCGAUCAUGACCGUUGAAAUUGGACCGGACAUAAUCGUGGCUGUAGAUUUGAAGACGAAACCUACUCCGGUCGGAGGAUAACCGGGCGGUUGACGCUAUGAGACUUGAGAGAUGAUUCCGAUUACUUUCCAGUUGAGCGAUGUAAUAUUUAAUUCAACGUUUUAUUGUUGUGUUAUAAUGAAAUAAAAAAUGUCAUUUUUCUCUA